UGUGCAUGGCGUCAUUAUCGCCACGCCAACCUUCAUGCACAAGGAUCUGAUCAUUCGAGGUCUGAGCGCGGGUAAAGCUGUCUUCUGUGAGAAGCCCAUCGCUGAGGACAUUAAAGGCACAAGACAGUGUUACGAGGUAGCAGAGAAAGUAGGGAAGCCUCUCAUGUGUGGCUUUAAUCGUCGAUUUGAUCCCAGCUUCAGCCACUUGCGGGAUCAAGUGCUCCUGGGCGUAGUGGGACAGGUGCAAUUGGUCAAAACUGUCGCCAGAGACUCGCCUCUUCCCUCUAUAGAAUAUCUUAAAAUAUCAGGUGGAAUCUUUCAUGACUGUGCUGUCCACGAUGUAGAUUUAAUUUGCUGGGUAACUGGAGAGUAUCCAACACAUGUGUUCGCCUCAGCUACUGCUUUCAUCCCAGAGGUCGCUGCGAUAAAUGAUCACGACACUGUAGCCUUCACCAUGAAGUUUCCCUCAGGAACUAUAUCAAUGACGGAUCUGAGCCGCUACGCUGCUUACGGAUAUGAUCAACGUUUGGAGGUGUUUGGGCCAAAGGGCAUGGUAGCCUCAGGUAAUGAACGACCAUAUCAGAUGACUACCUCCACUGUACAAGGAGAGAGCCAGCCACCCAUCCUCCACUCCUUCCCGUCUCGCUAUUAUGAUGGUUAUAUUAAUGAGCUAAACCACUUUUGUGAUGUCAUCCAAGGACUGGUUGAUCUGCAGCUGUCUGGAGAGAACACACUUAAAGUGUCCACCAUUGCUACUGCCCUCGAGGAAUCUGCUGCCACUGGACAGAUGAUUGAAAUAAAGUAUUGAAGUGAUCUUAUCUGAAAAUUUCAGGCAAAAUGAAGAUUUUAAAUUAAAACAAAAAUACGCUGUACACUAACCAUGUGACUACCUACCAGUAAUGUUACAAACCAUGGUACAGAGGGUCAUUAAGAUUCCCAAGCAGCAUAUUAUCACGUAAAAGUUUAACUUGUAUUUUCAACAUGAUGUCCUAUGCUCUUCUUUAUGCUGCAUUAUUUUACUGUAAUAACAUCGCACUACGACGUUCAAUUGUUUUAAUAAGUCUUAAAAAAGACCAAAUUGUAAUUAAAUGAUAGACUCCAAAAUUAUCAAAAUAUUCCCAAGCAUGAACUAUUAUUGCUACGUUUUAUAAAAUAAAUACUUUAAACAUUUA